AUGGAUUACUUCGAGGUGUGCUGGUCCAUCUUCAGCACCAUCUGUCUCGUCAAUGUUGUCUUCGGUGUCCUGGUCUGCGAAAUCACUACAUUCACUGUCCUAGCUGCUGUACCAAUCUUUUCAUCGGCAGCUGGCGCUAUUGCGAACGGUCUUUGCUAUUAUGUCUACUACCUCAAGAACCCCGUCAUCAACGAAGUGGUAGCGGCUGUCUUUUCAGACUUCUUUUGGCUGUUGCAAGAAGCAAGUCUGCUGCUGUACAGUUACAUCAUUCUCCAACGAGUCCUUCGGCCGAACCAAUGGCGCGUCUUCUCCAGUAUUUUUUGGGCACUGAUGGUCUGCACGGCAAUCACUCGUGUUUUUAUCGCAAUCUACCGAGCAAAGUUUCUCAUCCAGGGCGAACCUGAGUAUGAAGUUAUCAUCAACUACUUCCACAUCGGCUACUUCAGCUUCAUGGCCAUCUCCGAAUGCCUCAGUGCAUAUUUCCUUGUUGUCAUCUUCGCCUCCGCAACGUCAUCCAGUAUGAGCGCCGCCCUCAAAGUUGGUCUUCUGCGAUAUCUUACUCGCAGCACUGAAAUGCGCGUGGCUUUCUUGGCCCUUAUCGGAGUUACGAGAACCAUUAUUCAUCCAUUCCAAACACCUGGACAAAAGGCAGUGAACAUUGCGAGUCAGCUCGAUCGAUUCCUCUACGCCCUCUUUUGUCUUUACCCGAUCGUUCUAUACUUUGAUACACUAGCGUCCAAGCUCCGAUUCAACGAAGAUCGGUCGAUAUAUACCCACAGCGACCAGGCUGGAGCCUCUAACCGCUACGGUCUGAAUACUCAAACCAGAUGUUACACCACGAGAACCAACUACACGUCCAAAAUGUAUGGCAAUGAAGAUGCAUUAGAUCGGAAUAAUUCUCAAGAACAGAUUGUCCCACCUGGCGGAUCUACCCGCUCGGGAGUUUCGGAGGUUGAAUUAGAAGAUAUGGAUGUUGAAGGUCUUGUUAUUAGAAAGACCACCGAGGUUACAGUCACAUAG